ACCCGCCGCCUGCCUUCGUUCGCCGGAGGAAGCCAGCCGAGAGUUCAUUGAUGCACCCAUUCCAGUGGUGUAACGGGUGUUUCUGUGGCCUGGGACUGGUUAGUACCAACAAGUCCUGCUCCAUGCCACCCAUCAGUUUCCAGGACCUUCCUCUCAACAUCUACAUGGUCAUCUUUGGUACGGGCAUCUUCGUCUUCAUGCUCAGCCUCAUCUUCUGCUGCUAUUUUAUCAGCAAACUCCGGAACCAGGCACAGAGUGAACGAUAUGGCUAUAAGGAGGUGGUACUUAAAGGAGAUGCCAAGAAGUUGCAAUUAUAUGGGCAGACCUGCGCAGUCUGUCUGGAAGACUUCAAGGGGAAGGACGAGCUGGGUGUGCUCCCAUGCCAACAUGCCUUUCACCGGAAGUGUCUGGUGAAGUGGCUAGAAGUACGCUGUGUCUGCCCUAUGUGUAACAAGCCCAUUGCUGGGCCCUCGGAGGCCACUCAGAGCAUCGGGAUCCUGUUGGACGAGCUGGUGUGAGUGCUGCUUCUGUGCCAAGACCUG